CUUUUCUCUCGUUCUUUCGUUAUUUUAUUCUUUUCUCUCAAAGCAUUUUUCUAUUCUUUUAAAUACUCAUUCAAUAAAUAUAUUACAUUUACAAAUCAUCCAGUUUUUUCCUGUUAAUCCCGCCGAAUCACAUUACUCAAUUAGUUUCGUUAAGGCAAUCAAGCGCUGCUGCCAGCUAACACACUCCGAGAAAAACAGCGUACACGCGCAGGAUAUUCGAGCAGGAUAAACAGCCACGUUCGAAUUUGAUAUUUACUCUUCAAUUAAACAAGCGUUCAUACGAGCAUUUAUUUUUAUUACAAUUACUCAGUUAUGGCGAGCAAUCCAGGUCCCGCCGCAAACUCCAACCCUACUGCGGCAAUCAACAAGCACCUCUACCGCGACUACCGGGCUGAGCUGGCGAAGCUGACGUUUAGCUCAAAGCCCAUCAUCAACGAGCUGUCAAAGAAAGCGGAGGCCAACGUUGCUGAGGCAGAGACCAUAAUUACGGCCAUUGAGAACCACCUGCGCUUCACUGUGCCCAAGCUCAAGCUUCCGGCAUUUUACCUUCUGGACUCGAUCAUUAAGAACGUUGGCGGAAUGUAUGUGUCUCUGCUGCACGGCCGCAUCGGCAAAAUUUUUGUCGAGAUGUGGAAAUCGGUAGACGACGAGGUCAAGGGCAAUAUGGAGCGCACGAUGGGCACCUGGCGCCACGGGUUUGAGGGCGGCCACAAGAACGUGUUCCCCGACUUUGUACUGCGGAAAAUCGAAGAGGAUAUAAACCGGCUUAAGGCCAAGGCCAAGGACCUUACACCGACUCUUCCAGAGACCAAGGGAGAGGACCUGCUGGACGACCUGACUAAAAUACAGUCGUAUGGCAAGAAACAUGCUCUGGAGCAGCGGCAGCAGCUGAUUCAGCGUGAGGUUGUUGCCAGGGCCGACAGAUACGCCAAUACUGCCGGCCAGGACCACGCCGCGAACAAGAGACGCCGCAUGCCGGAACAAGAAAGGCCCAUCCACAACCAAGACCUGUUGCGGGAGGUCAGCAAUGCCCUGGUGAAGAAGCAAGUCGAGCUGUACCGCUGCCCUAGCGAUGUGGUGCUGUUCUCCGCCAUCAACGCCCUCAAGAAGAUAAAGGCGAGUGUGGCCGAGACCACUCUUUCGCCCGAAAGAGUGAGAGAGAUUCGUCGGCAGCUAUUGGAUCUUGAUAGCACCAGCAACGCUGAUGCCACCAACCCUCAGAAUAGCAAUAACAGCGCUCGCGCGCAAUGGCAUGCUGGCAACGGUGCGCCUGGUUCGACCAGGUCUACGACGCCCCCUCACCCGCCUCCAGCACAUGUGAUGGCUGGAAGUGUCCGGCACGAUAGCAGCAGCCAAUCUACAGCAUUCCCGUCGCCACAGGGCCACGGCGCUUCACACGGCGGCCGUGUCGGCAGUCUGAUUACCCAGUCACCAGGAGCAGCAAUGCCAACCGAUGCCAACCAACUCUUGCAAAAUCUGAUGUCACGGCCCGAUUUGAUGAGCAGCUUGAGCAAGGUUGCACCUGGGCUGUCGACUUCGCUGGGAGCGUUACUGGUGCCCCAACACCAGGGUUCUGGCUACAAGUAUUUCUCACAGCUGGAGCCGAUUCCGCUGACCCAAGCAUCUAUUACAAGGACCAGGCCGGGCCUCUUCAACAUCCUCUACGAGGGUUUCCCAAAGCUGUGCUCGCAGUGUGGAUGGCGGGUUGCCGACACUGAAGAAGGCAAGGAGAAGAUGAAGAAGCACCUGGACUGGCACUUCCGACGCAAUCUGCGCUCGCAGAAUGACCGCGUACAAAGGGCGGCGCCACGCGGGUGGUAUGCAUCGCGGACAAUGUGGGAGGCAGCUGCUAACGACGAUGAUGUCGUGAUGGGAAACUCUGCCCAGGGCGAGUCGAACACCAAGGAUGAGGGCGCGAAUAACGCAAAGAACAUUGAGGAGCUGAAGCGCAAGACACUGGCAGUGCCUUCUGGCUACAACAAUAGUCCAUGUGCAAUUUGCAAAGAGCCGUUUGAACGCCGCUUCAACGAGGACGAGGAGGAUUGGCAGUUUGUCAACGCGGUCGAGGUCGACGGCACCAUUUACCACGCCACGUGUAAUGCAAACCAGACAAGGUCGAUUGGGCUGCUGCCUUCUCCUGUAGAUUCGACCAGCGGUAACCAGUGAAUUUUUUAUUGAUUUGGUUAAUGGAUGAUUGCAUUCUCAAAUUCAAGCUGCGCGCAGUGCGGUGCGCUGUAACUUUGUUGUUUACUUUUCAGAGUGGCUAAAAC